GCUUGCUCUCAGCGACUCUCCGGCGAUCAGACACGUUCUCUUCCGACUCCUUGCCGCAACUUCUUGGGCUGUCGGAAAGUUUAACGCGCAGGAGCAGGAAUCAUAGUACGAAUCCAGGCCGUGGACACCGUCAAAGAUGUCGAGCUCCGCAAGCCCGCUUGCGAAGUACAAUGUCGCCAACCGGCUCUACAAGAGCUCGUUGCUGAACACCGUGUGCCUGGUUGCCGGCGUGUCCAUCUUCUUCUUCGGCUACGAUCAGGGAUUGAUGGGUGGUGUCAACACGGCGCGCGAUUACGCCGAGCUCAUGGGGUUCGGCCACUGGAACGAGGAGCAAAGGAUCGUUGUGGUCGAUAAGCCGCUGUUGCAGGGGGGCAUCGUCGCCGUCUACUACCUCCCCGGGACGCUCGUGGGAUGCUUGGUGGGCGGAUGGUUCGGUGACCGGUAUGGUCGUCUCAAGACCAUCGCCGUCGCUUGCAUCUGGUCUAUAUUUACCGCCGCCCUGCAGUCCGCUGCCCAGAAUGCGAACUGGAUGUUCUGCGCACGUGUGCUGAACGGCAUCGGCACCGGCAUGUUAAACGCCAUCACCCCCGUGUGGGCAACGGAGAUUGCUUCUCAUACAUCGAGAGGCAAGUUCGUGUCCAUGGAGUUCACACUCAACAUCUUUGGCGUAGUGGUCGCGUACUGGCUGCAGUUCGGCACUUCAAAGUACAAGGACCCCGCGUCGUCCUUCGUCUGGCGGUUUCCUAUCGCUUUCCAGAUUGUCCCCCUGAUCUUGCUCUUCGGCAUGAUCUGGUUCAUGCCAGAGUCCCCGCGAUGGCUCGUCAAGAUGGGCCGAGAAGAGGAGGCCAGGUACAUCCUUGGAAGACUGCGCGGCAACGAGAGCGAGGACAUGGGGGUCGCCGAGGCGGAGCUCCAGGACAUCAUCAACAUCAGAAAUUUGGAGGACGAAACGGCCAAGCAGCAGAGCUACCUUGCCAUGUUGUUCGGCUGGGGCUCGGGCAAGCUCCACACCGGUCGUCGCGUCCAGCUCGUAAUCUGGCUCCAGAUUCUGCAGGAGUUUAUAGGCAUUUCCGGAGUUACAUUGUUCGGUCCGGCAAUCUUCACAAUCGCUGGCAUCAGCUCCGAGCAGCGCCUUUGGGUCAGCGGUGUGAACAACAUCACAUACAUGUUCGCAACUUUGGUCUGCGUGUUUACCAUAGAUCGUAUCGGCCGUCGCUGGACUCUAUUCUGGGGUGCAGCCGCGCAGGGGAUAUGCAUGUUCUGCGCCGGCGGACUGGCUCGGGCGGCGCUCAACGCCGAACCCGGAAAUCGGGCCGGACUGGGCGGCGCCGCGACCUUCUUCGUCUUCUGCUAUACGGCCGUGUUUGGCGCAACAUGGUUAACGGUUCCCUGGUUGAUUCCCGCGGAAAUAUUCCCUCUGCAAGUCCGAGCCAAGGGCAACGCGUGGGGUGUCGUCGGGUGGUCGAUCGGAAACGGAUGGACGGUACUGCUCCUCCCGACAAUCUUUGCGAAGCUGAACGAGAAGACGCUCUACCUCUUCGGCGCCGUGAACUUCAUCAGCAUCGUCGUCGUCUGGGCGCUGUACCCCGAGUCCAACCAGCGCACUCUGGAGGAGAUGGACCUCGUCUUCGCCAGCGACAGCAUCUGGGCAUGGGAUGCCGAGAAGGAGUUUGCCAGGCUCAAGGCCGAGAAUCCUGCUCUUGUCCGCUCGGCGCACAAGGGCGGCGAUGCUGUGGACUCCGAGACGGGCGCGGCAUCGUCUUCGAAGCAGGCCUAUGGUUAUGAGGAGCGGCCUUGAUCGUAGAUACGAGACGGACGAAAGGCUUCGGCAGUAUAUCUAGGCGUGUUGUGCAAACUGAUAACCAAAGGCGCAUGGCAAGCCAGUACGUCGCCACCUAACCGCAGCCAAGCAAUUGCCUCGGCUCUGCAGUUAAAGAACGCCACUGUAUCGCCGGGUCCACGUGAAGACCAAAUCAGGUACGAAGAAAAACUUCAAGAAAGACAAAAUACAUUUCCAGAUGUCCAAAGUGAAAUGUGGGAUUGGCGAAGGGGCAAUGGAUGUGGCAAGGUUGGGUUGGAGCUAUCUGAAG